AAGUGACAAUAAAUCUGUGACAUACGUAAGCAGUGUCGUAGUGAGCGAUGUGUGGCGAUACCAUCUGUCAGUGAAUGGGUCUGUGAGGUAGAUAUGGGAUUGGCACCACUGAAACUCAGAUGACUAAGGUUCCCGUACAAACGUUGUGACUAAGGGUGCGGUACACGCCGCCAUGGGGAUUACUUUAAUACAUUGUUAACCGUAUUAUUUUAGUUUUCAACGAACCUCGUGGUUUAAGUUUGGGGUUUUCCCCCAGUGAUAAAAAAAUCAGUGUAGUAAGACCAAUGGUGGCCAGGUCAAAUCGUGCUGAGUAUUUCCCAGUUUUGUGUAGUCUUAUGGAUAAAAAGUCCAAGAGUCCAGGAAAAUCUCCAUGGGACGGAUUUAAUCUAUCUCAGUGGAGUUUACUUCGGAGAUGGAAUACUUUACCACUGUACCAGAGAGGUGCACCACAGCAGGAAGCAUCUCUGCCUCAAUCAAAGAUAUACCAGUCGUUAGGAAACCUUGGCCCUUUGCAGCGCCCUCCAAUUAGCUGGGCCAGGCAACAGGGCAUUCUGUCAUCCCAACUGCCCCUACCGACGCGGCAGAUGACUGUUGGACCUAUGCAGGCCAGAAGCAGGCCAGAACAAAGAAAAAUGGAUUCCAGUUUCUAUGGUGACAACCUGCCCUCUAGUCAGACACUUGGUGAACACUCCCUCGCAGGAGGUGAGCUUGGCUCAUUUGAUGCUUCAAUUUUUGCAUCCAGUCCUAAUUCUUUGUACAUGUAUGAACAGGAGAAAGCAGAUAUGCAGAGCUCACUCAAUGUACCCAACUGUACGAAUGCCAACAAUAUGUUUUUCUCCGAUGACUUUGAUCUAGAGGAUACAUAUGAAACCUCCCAGGAUAUUCCUCUUGUGUGUGAUAAUUUGUUAGUAAAAGGGACACCUGCUACCUCACAAGACUCUGAAGGACAGAACAAAAAUCUACAGUCACAGCUUAGUAAGUGUGACGAUGUGUUCGAGGAUCCAACAUUGGCAGAGUUGAACUUUCAGCCAUUGUUGGAUGAUAUUGUGAAUCUCGCACCAAAUUGUACCUCAUCUGAGGUUAGAGGUCAAAGUUCAACAUCAACAAUGCAAAAAUCUUUGACAGAGGACUUUUUGAAAAGUUGGGCAUCAAUGAGAAGUCAUUCAGAAAAGACAGAACCACAAUCAACAGCUUCUGGUACACUGUCAUCUGCUUGGGCGCCGGUCGGAAUGUCUACAGCAUCAACUAUUGCAUGGCCAAUCGGAGGAAUGUCGUCACCAUCGACAACAGACACCUACUUAAACAGACGAACACUCUCCACUUCAAGCAUGAGCAAUAAACCCAGUGUGCCAAUAAGGCAAAUAUCUGAAACAGUGUCCAGUUCAACAGACAUGAAAAGUGAGUUAGCUCCCCUGUCCAAUAUUCGUACCACAGGUGGUGUUUGUGGGGACAAGUGUAGUAACCAAGUGUUAAAAGCAUUGAUAGGAAACAAGAGAGGUCAAUCUCCUCCACAUAUUUCUUCGAUCACUCCCUCCACAUCUGCGCUUGGCAAAAGGCGAAGUCCCCUGUCUGAGACAUUUGACCCCAGUGACGUAGACCAAAAAUGGGAGGAAAUACGACAGUUCAUUCAUGAUGAUGAGUGUAACCUUCCUACACGGUCCAAAAUAAAGAGAGAGAGUAUUGACUCCGUUGGAUCGAUGGCCUCAGUAGAUGAUGGAGACAGUGACUUAGGAAGCAGUAGUGAGGAUGAGGAUUGGAAUGAUUCAGAUUCAGAUUCAGACAACCAGGAUUCAUCAUGGUCGGCUAAGAAGAAAAAGGAUUCCUCAAGUAAGAAAGACCAGUAUUUCUGGCAGUACAACAUCCAAUCAAAGGGGCCAAAAGGCACACGUAUGAACUUUGACCUUGAGCCCAAAAACCCUCAUGUGUUGCUUGACUUUGAGGAUCCUGUGUUUGAUGUUGAAAAAGGCAGAAAGCUUGGACUUUGUAAGUCAAUACGACAUGGGGGAAAGGCUCGCAAGGGCGAUGGAAACAAUGUGGAGCCGAACCCCAAAAAACUAGGGACAAUUGGACUACAGUUGAAAAAGAUCAAUAAACAGAUCAAUGCUUUUGCUCCGCUGUGUGAUAUGCCUGUUUCAACUCGGAACAAGUCAAAGAAGGAGAAAAACAAACUGGCAUCAAGAGCCUGUCGUUUAAAGAAGAAAGCUCAACAUGAGGCAUACAAGGUGAAGCUUUACGGACUGGAGUUGGAACAUAAACAACUGAUGACAGUGAUGGAGGAUAUCAAGUCUCGUGUACGUCUCGUCCUCGACAAGAAAGAGGAGGAGGGAAACCUAUCCUCCCAGCUCGAUACCCUCAUCAAAAAACACCUCACUGUUAUGGUAGCAGGACAUACCACAGACUUUGUCAAUAAGGUCAUCAAGAAGGUUGAGGAUGGAGAUCCCACCGGUGGCCUGGGAACCUGAUCACCACAUUACAGGCCGGAGCUGAUUCUACACACAGACAUCCAUACAAGUGUUCAUAAUACAUAUGAGUGAUGCAAUACAGUGAUUAUUUGACUUGUCAGUGAUCAAGGUUCUCAUGUCGAUCCUACAAUCCUAUGACGAUGUCAUCCCACAUGGAACAUUGUCCUCCACAAUGAUUAAGGAUUUGUUGAAGACAGGAUGUGGCUAAGAAACAUCAGCAUUUCAUUAUUUAACACAUUUUAAAUCUUGAUAUCUUGAUUUUUAGCACCAUGUAAUAAAAAUAAUCCACCAAAUGUAAAUAUCAUUUGAGUAAUAAUUCAUUUGGUAUAUUUUGUGACUAUCAUACAAGUAAACUGCAGUACCAUCCAGAUAUAAUACUGAUCCCGGUAUAUACCUGGGCGGUAUUACUGAUCCCGGUAUGUACCUGGGCGGUAUUACUGAUCCCGGUACAUACCUGGGCGGUAUUACUGAUCCCGGUACAUACCUGGGCGGUAUUACUGAUCCCGGUACAUACCUGGGCGGUAUUACUGAUCCCGGUACAUACCUGGGCGGUAUUACUGAUCCCGGUACAUACCUGGGCGGUAUUACUGAUCCCGGUACAUACCUGGGCGGUAUUACUGAUCCCGGUACAUACCUGGGCGGUAUUACUGAUCCCGGUAUAUACCUGUACCUGGGCGGUAUUACUGAUCCCGAUAUAUACCUGGGCGGUAUUACUGAUCCCGGUAUAUACCUGUACCUGGGCGGUAUUACUGAUCCCGGUAUAUACCUGGGCGGUAUUACUGAUCCCGGUAUAUACCUGGGCGGUAUUACUGAUCCCGGUAUAUACCUGGACGGUAUUACUGAUCCCGGUAUAUACCUGGGCGGUAUUACUGAUCCCGGUAUAUACCUGGACGGUAUUACUGAUCCCGGUAUAUACCUGGGCGGUAUUACUGAUCCCGGUAUAUACCUGUACCUGGGCGGUAUUACUGAUCCUGGUAUAUACCUGGGCGGUAUUACUGAUCCUGGUAUAUACCUAUACCUGGGCGGUAUUACUGAUCCCGGUAUAUACCUGGGCGGUAUUACUGAUCCCGGUAUAUACCUGGGCGGUAUUACUGAUCCCGGUAUAUACCUGGGCGGUAUUGCUGAUCCCGGUAUAUACCUGGGCGGUAUUACUGAUCCUGGUAUAUACCUGAGCGGUAUUACUGAUCCCGGUAUAUACCUGUACCUGGGCGGUAUUACUGAUCCCGGUAUAUACCUGUACCUGGGCGGUAUUACUGAUCCUGGUAUAUACCUAUACCUGGGCGGUAUUACUGAUCCCGGUAUAUACCUGGGCGGUAUUACUGAUCCCGGUAUAUACCUGAGCGGUAUUACUGAUCCCGGUAUAUACCUGGGCGGUAUUACUGAUCCCGGUAUAUACCUGAGCGGUAUUACUGAUCCCGGUAUAUACCUAUACCUGGGCGGUAUUACUGAUCCCGGUAUAUACCUGGGCGGUAUUACUGAUCCCGGUAUAUACCUGGGCGGUAUUGCUGAUCCCGGUAUAUACCUGGGCGGUAUUACUGAUCCCGGUAUAUACCUGGGCGGUAAUACUGAUCCCGGUAUAUACCUGUACCUGGUAUAUACCUGAGUGGUCUUGUGAACAUACUUGUACACGGUUUAAGUUGUGUACAAACAUAUGUGAAAAAAAAAUUUACCUGUGUUAUGGAAUACUUUUCUAUGAGACAUGUUAUGUGAGAGUAACGAGUGUUCAUUUCAUAAACUGAAGAUGUUUGAACGAUAAAGCUGAUAUCUGGAUAAUUUAAGUUUUAACAAUAUGACAUUGUUUUAAUUUCUAUGGUAUGAUCAUAUACGAUGAGCUGUGAUAGGUCAGUUGGUUAGAGCGCCAGCCAUGACACCUCUGGUAAAGAUCUGAGGUGCGUGGUUUGACACUCCCUAACCGUGUCGGUUUGUGUUUCUCGGGAAGCUGAGAAACAUGCUGGUCUCUGCUGUCGUAGUUGUGUCCCAGGGCAAGACACCCUAAUUGCUCUGGAUGGCAUUUGACAGGCCUCCUGUAUGUUGUUCAUUGAGGUAGUCACCAACUACUACAAGGAGAACCUGUCUCAAAAUGAUCCUGUAUAUUCACAGGGCGAUAGACUCAGCAAUCAAACAAAUCAUAUAUAACCUGAAAAGGUGAAGAUUUCCAUAAGAGUUUAUAGAAAAUUAACUUUAUUGUUUAUUGUUAUUUGAGAUAAUGAAAUAUACAGGAUUAUUAUUUUAUUUGAUGUGAUAUACUUGAGUUGAUGUGAUAUUGUGAUGUUGUUUUGAUAAGGCGACACAUUUAGGGAUCACAGGUAACAAAAACAAUGACUUGCUAUCCAUCAUGUUGAAAUCAAUCAGAAUAUUUUGUGAGAUACAUUUUCUAAUGAAAAAUCUUGCUUCAUUUCAUUGUUGAAAUGUUGUUCAAACUUAAUGGUCUAACUUUAAACAAGUUAAAUGAUUUUUCUGUACCAGAUAGUCAGUGCACACCUAUAAAAUCAUUCCAAUAUAAAUCUAUGCAUACAGAUGAAAUGAUUUGGUGUCCUCUCUCUUCCAUUUUAUCAAUCGUUUGGCAAAUUUAAGUUUGAUUAGAAGAUAAUGCUUCCUAUAGGAUCUGAACUAGACUAUAUUACUGGAUAUUUUCACUGAGUUCUACUGUCAAGUAUUAACCUUUAAAGUCCUGAGGAAGUAUAUAUAUAAUGAAAUGAUAUUGUUAUUGUUUGAUAUUGUUAAGUUUUAAAAUUCUUAAUGUGUAAGUUAUAUGAGCUAGCAUUUAAAACUAAGUUUGUACUACAGUAGUAGGACCAGGGGUUAAUUUUUAUCAUGUCUUUCAACUAUCUACUGGCCUCUCAUCACAUGACUUUCUAUAUCUAUACAACAUACAAAUAAAAAGCCAUUAUUAGAUUUUAAUCUGAUGAAUAUGCGGAGAUUCUCAGAACCAUUGUUAUUAAAAACCAUUGCCAGGGAUAAUGACUAUAAUUAGUAGUAGAUAACUUGAGUAUGUGAAGACAGUGGCCACUCUGGACUAUAUGUAUUUUGUAUUCAUCAGAUUUAAAUUCACAAAUCACCUCUAAACAACAUAUGUAUUUUAUAAUAAAUUGAUGCAUUACA